AUGUUAUCCCCGGAUUGCGAAAUAAGAGAUAAUGACAGUAAACCAGAUUUUCCAGGAGCUAACCCCAUUACCCCAAUUAUACAUCCAGCUCUAUCAGCUGGUCCCCCUGAUCCUAGGAAAUGUUCUCCUGAUCACUCUGAUAUUGGUGCAUCUGUUACAGCUCUGAGAGUAGAUACAGAGUUUUCAUGUGCUAUAGAUACCAAAUGUUUUACACAGAACACAAAGCCUAUUAACCCACAGGCAGGUGAGAGGCCAUUUCUAUGUUCUGAGUGUGGGAAAUGUUUUGCAUACAAAUCAUAUCUUGUUAGACAUCAGAGAAGUCACACAGCUGAGAGGCCAUUUCCAUGUUCUGAGUGUGGGAAAUGUUUUGCAUACAAAUCACAUCUUGUUAAACAUCAGCAAAGUCACACAGGUGAGAAGCCAUUUCCAUGUUCUGAGUGUGGGAAAUGUUUUGCACACAAAUCAGAUCUUGUUAUACAUCAAAGAAGUCACACAGGUGAGAGGCCAUUUUCUUGCUCUGAGUGUGGAAAAUGUUUUAUCCAGAAAUUACAUCUUGUUAUACAUCAAAGAAGUCACACAGGUGAGAAGCCAUUUCCAUGUUCUGAGUGUGGGAAAUGUUUUGCCCACAAAACAGAUCUCGUUAGACAUAACAGACAUCACACAGGUGAGAAGCCAUUUUCUUGCUCGGAGUGUGGGAAAUGUUUCGCACUCAAAGCAGAUCUAGUUUUACAUCAGAGACGUCACACAGGGGAGAAGCCAUUUCCAUGUUCUAAGUGUGGGAAAUGUUUCGCACACAGAUCAGAUCUUAUUAAACAUCAGAGACGUCACACAGGCGAGAAGCCAUUUCCAUGUUCUGAGUGUGGGAAAUGUUUCGCACACAGAUCAGAUCUUAUUAAACAUCAGAGAUGUCACACAGGUGAGAAGCCAUUUCCAUGUUCUGAGUGUGGGAAAUGUUUUGCACGCAAAUCAUAUCUUGUUAUACAUCAGAGACGUCACACAGGUGAGAAGCCAUUUCCAUGUCCUGAGUGUGGGAAAUGUUUUGUACACAAAUCAGAUCUUGUUAUGCAUCAGAGAAGUCACACAGGUGAGAAGCCAUUUCCAUGUUCUGAGUGUGGGAAAUGUUUUGCACACAAAUCAUAUCUUGUUAUACAUCAGAGACGUCACACAGGUGAGAAGCCAUUUCCAUGUCCUGAGUGUGGGAAAUGUUUUGUACAUAAAUCAGAUCUUGUUAUACAUCAACGAAGUCACACAGGUGAGAAGCCAUUUCCAUGUACUGAGUGUGGGAAAUGUUUUGCACACAAAUCAGAUCUUGUUAAACAUCAGAGACGUCACACAGGUGAGAAGCCAUUUUCUUACUCUGAGUGUGGGAAAUGUUGUUUAACCACUUAACUGACCAUUUAUUUAGCAAAAAAACG